AUGGACCCCCGGGGCCCAGCCCCCCAGCCUUUCCAGCGGCCUGAGAAACCUGGUCGUGUCCACCGUCAGAAGACCAGGCGAGAACGGAACAAGGCCCUGGUGGGCAGUCUCCGGCCACUGGCCCGUCAAAAUCCUCCUGUGACCAGUCGGGAUCCACCUGCGGCUUUCCGGGAUCCUGUGGCCCCUAUUGCCCCCAAAUGUGUGGUCAUAACACAAGGCCGGCUGAGCCGGGAGCACCGGGGUCUCUUCAACCAUGAGGUGAAAUCCCUGGACGUGGCACGGCUGCUUAGCAGUGGAGUCCUGGAGCCAGACACUACCCCACUCUCCACCAAGCUCUCCCCAAGCCCAGGCAAGGUGCAAGAACCAGCCCUACAGUCGAGGGGCAAGGAGAAUCAGAUACCUGGAGGCUCAGGCCCAGGGCCACCUAGAUCCCUAGAGCCACCUGGUGUGGGGCAGCUGUUGAGGGAGUUGCAAUGCCAGCUGAAUCUGCCACAGGCCUUCCCUAGGAGGAACCUGGUGCAAGAGGCCAGGGAUGCCAUUGUGGGCACUUUACAGGCCUGUCAUGGCUGUGUGCCCAACCUAUCCCUGGUGCUUCGGGACUGCCAGCCACCCUUGCCAGGGGCCAAGCCUCAGGGCUCUGAGAAGCGAAGGAUGACACCCUCCUGGACUAACAGCUCUGACCAGGCCACAGGGCAGAAAAGGCCACAGGGGACAAAGGAGCUCACCUUCACCAUGCCUCACACCUCCAGCACUCCCACUACGCAUAGGGUGAGCCUGGCACCACCAAGAGGUCCCUGGCCACCCCCCUUGCUCUCAUUGCCUUCGCCAUCUGGUGCAGCCUUGGGCCCCCCAACAGCCUUUGACCUACUGAAAAGCAUCUGGCUGGUGGCCACACCACCCACUCCCCGACCCUGGGGGGUUGGCCCACCUCGGCCCCUGCUUCAUCCACCAUCACCCUUGUUGCCCCGAACCUCUGCCCUGGACUGGAGCCCUAGCCCUCCUGCUCCACUUCCCAGCCUUUCCUGGGUGGUGGCCCAGAGCAGUCCAGAAGCAUGGUCCUUUCCACCCAUGAGAUUGUACUGA